AUGGCCCGUCCUGGUCUCCUCUACGUCACCAUGCAACCCCGGCCGGAUCUCCCCGCGGCCCAGUUCCAUGACUGGUACAACAACGAGCAUGGCCCUCUCCGUCUGCGUCUGUCCUACGUUACCAAUGGGUUCCGCUACCGCGCAAUUGAUCUCAAUGGUCCCAAGAGCACCCAGGGACAGGAUCUUCCUGAGUGGCUGGCUCUCUACGAUCUCACAGACAUCGACCAACUCACGCGCGAUCCGGCCUACUUGUCCAUGCGUACUGACGAGGUCAAAACACAGCGUGAAAAGGAUACCAUGGCCCAGAUCACCGUCGAUCGCGGCAUUUACCAGCUUGAUAACGAGAGACGAUCAGAUGCAUUCGUCCCGCUGGAAGAACAGAGCGAUGCCACUUCAGCGGGGAAAGUACUCGUCUCUAUCUCCAUCAGAGCGGACCAGAGCCGGAAGACGGAUCUGGAGAACUGGUAUGAACAGGAACAUGCUCCUCUGCUCUCCAAAGUAUCUGGAUGGCAUCGGACGCGUCUAUUCAGCACUGUGGCUAUGGGCUCCGACGCGGGCCCCGUUGUAUUCCUCAUCCUGCAUGAGUUCACGGCCGCUGACGGCUUGAAUUCUGCAGAGUAUCAGAAUGCCAUGAACAUCUCUUGGUCCAAGAGGACCACGGCCAGCAGCGAUAUCGCCAAAAGCCACGUCCAUCGCACGUACGAAUGGUACUAUACCUUCGGUCCUGCACCGAGGGAGCUCGCAUCCCUGACAGCUCCGUCAGGUACGACGCUUAAAUUCUGGUCUUCGAAUGAUGGGUUAACCAAGACUUCCUCGCAUCCUACUCGUCCGGUCAUUAAGUCUUUCGUCACCACCCCAGAUAGCGUAGAGAUCCCCUAUCGUCUCGAGGGAUCCGGAGACCCCUCAGCUCCAUUGAUCGUUCUGAGCAACUGCAUUCUCGUCGACUGGACUAUCUGGGAUGACUUUGUGGAUGAAUUCCUGUCCGUGAACCCUAACUUCCGCAUCCUUCGCUACCUCACCCGCGGCCGCCAGCGGCAAUGUGGCAAUCAACCCAUCACCAUCGACCUGCUCGCAUCAGACAUAAUCAGCCUCCUUGAUGCUCUGCGAGUCCCGAAAACAGCACUACUAAUCGGCGUCAGCCUGGGCGGGGUGACGGUCCUCAACACCUCACUUUUGCACCCGUCUCGCGUCUCGGCGUUUGUCGCAUGCGACACUAACUCCUCCGCCCCGGAAUCGAACAGGAAAGCUUGGAACGACCGUAUUGCAUUGGCGGAAAAGGAGAGAGCCGUAUCUGCCACGUCAGAACCCAUCGUAGGCUCCCAGCUAGCCGAAGUGACUACCCGUCGCUGGCUGGUGCCGGAGCAUUACACAAACAAUCCGACUCUGGCAACUAAGAUCGAGAAAAUAGUCGCCGCGAACAGUUUGGAUGGCUUCCGGAGAGGUGCGCAGGCUCUGUGUGCGUAUGAUGUACGUGAACGCAUGGCAUCAGCGACUGUACCCGGCUUGUUCGUUGUGGGUGCCAAUGAUGGGAUCCUGCCGCAGACUAUGAAGCAGAUGGCGGCCGAUUUGGCUGGAGGAGCGCAGGUAAAGGUCAUCGGGGAUGCGGGCCAUCUGCCUAUGGUUGAACAGCCGGAGGCAUUCACGGGGGUCAUCAAUGAAUUUGUUCGUGGGCUUGGGGUGUAG